CCAAGCAAUGUUACUACUAUAAAUAUUUGUAUAAACUGGGGUCAAAGGACUGUUCCAACGGCUGCUGUUCUAUUUACAAUUCUAAUCCAUGCUGCGUUUAUUAUUAUUACACUAGUACUACAUUAUCAAAUGGAGCUUAUUAUGGAAUGGGAGGAGGCGGUCUUGUAUUCAUUUUAGUGGUUGUAGGCUGCUGUUGGUAUUGUUGUAGGUCGAGAAAAUCAUAUGGAGGACAAACAGUGGCAACAGUUCAACAAGCAAUGCCUUACGCGCCUUAUACUAUAGCACCUGGAGCACAUCCAUUUGGAAUGACAAACAACUUUGUUCCAGGAGGAUAUAAUUUACCUAUUUCCACGGCUCCAAUCAUCAAAAGUAAGAAGAGCACAUCAUUAUCAUCAUCGAUAGGCAGCGGAAUUUCAAACAUGUUGGAAAUGGCAGGAAAUUCAAAUGAAAUUGGCGAAUUCAUGAAUGAAAUGGGCGGAAACUGUAGUGAAAUUGCUGAGGAUUGCAUGUAACUACAAGCCUCAGAUUACAUGAUUAUAAAUUAAAGUAUAAAAUGUAUGUGUG